AACUGAUGUAUCACAAAGUCUUGUUUGGUUUGUUUUGGUUUUGGUCCCAUUACUACAAAGAUAUAGAAUAUGAAAAUACUUGGCGCUAAGAGACAGCUGCUCAUAACUAUUAACUCUUUGACGUUGCCACUUUAAAUCCCAUCACUUAUUUAUACGUACUCUUCUUGUUCACCAUAACCUUCAUCUCAUCAUCUUUGCUCAAACAAACAAAAACACCAACACAUAGAUAUCCACAAAACAAUUCGUAUAAAAAAGAAUGCGUGACACAACAUGUCUCGAGCGACUCAGCCUAGCUUUGAGAACCGCCUUGGCUUGUCUCAUCGUGAGCUUGACCACUUUGUACGGUCCCAAACCACUAAAACACUUGACAACGUUUCCAGCCUUCUCUUACCUGACCACAAUCUUAAUCUGGCUAUCCGACGCCGAACCAACAUACGGCGAAGUUCUCAAAUCCUGUGUUGACGUCUCUUACGCCACUUUUCAGACAACAGCCAUUCUGCUUGUGAGUGUCUUGGUGGUUGGACCAGCAUCUCUAGGAAAUAGCUUGGUGGCUCCAGUUGCUGUGGCUGUAGCUUCAUUCAUCGUGGCUUUCCCAGCGUCCACGAGUCUUUUAACCAAACGAAUUGCCUUUGGGCAGAUCGUUUUAGUCUAUGUGACUUUUGCCGUGUUCAAUGGAGAGGUGGCUCAUGUUUUCAUGCUUCCCGUUCAUGUGGCGGCUAGUACAGCACUUGGAGCCAUUGCUUCUCUACUCGCCGUGCUUCUCCCGUUUCCAAGACUGGCUCAUAGUCAGAUGACCAAAGGUUGCAAAUUAUAUGCUGAAAAUGCUUUUGAGAGGUUGAAUGUGUUCGUAGAGGUCAUGAUGGCUAGAGACAACACCACAGCUCAGGUGUUGAUCACAAAGGCCGCUUCAUUGUCUGCAGCAGCUAGACACACACUCAAGAGCAUCAAAACACACCAUGAGCGUCUUGCAUGGGAGAGACCGGAUACAAGAUUCUUGAAAAGGAAGCAGAAGCAUCAAGGGGAGAAACUACAAGCCACAGAGUUUCUGAUGAGAGGGAUGGAGAUAGCGUUGGGAUCUUGCAGUUCUUUUCCUCUCGGCAUGAGCCGCGAUGAACUGACACAUCUUUUAGAAGCUCCCAGAACACAUAUCGCUCGUGAGCCAGCACCACCUACUGUCAAGCCUGAGGACAAGCAAGCUGGUUCUCUUUCUACUGCAGCUUUACCUGUUAGCUUCUUCAGGUACUGUGUGGAACUCUUCAGAGGUGAUGUCUUAUCUUUGAGACAAGACAGUAAAUGCGUAGAGAGUGAGAGGGAUACUCACCAAGGAGACAAAGGGUUGCCCAUGACCAAAAGGGUUUUGGAUUUUCUCUCUGUCUGGAUGGCUAGAGAAAGGUUUGUUUUUGCAUUCAAGUGCUCAAUUUCUCUAGGCCUUGCCGUGCUGUUUGGUAUACUGUACAACAAAAAAAACGGGUACUGGUCGGGUCUAACCGUCGCCAUUAGUCUUGUAUCCGGCAGGCAAGCGACACUAACAGUAGCUAACUCUCGUCUGCAAGGAACAGCCAUGGGAUCAGUCUACGGUCUGUUAUGUUGCGCUAUUUUUCAAAGACUAGAAGAGUUCAGGUUCUUACCUCUGCUCCCUUGGAUAGCUGCCACUGUCUUCAUGAGGCACAGCAGAGUCUAUGGCCAGCCUGGAGGAGUUACAUCCGCCAUUGCAGCGCUGUUGAUACUAGGAAGGAGAAACUAUGGAGCUCCCACUGAUUUCGCCAUCACUCGGAUUGUUGAAGCUUCGAUAGGGUUGCUCUGUUUUGUCUUUGGGGAGAUUCUUGUCACCCCUGCGAGAGCAUCGACUCUUGCAAGAACCGAACUCUCACACUGUCUCGACGCGCUCGUGGAUUGUAUCCGGUCAUUGGUUCUUUGCUCUGAGCAAAAGAAGAAGAUGCCAUUGUCGGAUUUAAGAAGCAAGCAGGCGAAACUCAGCUCUCACGUUGAAGCAUUGGAGAGGUUUACAUCAGAAGCGUUGACAGAGCCUAAUAUACCGUUCCUCCACCCUCUCAACGCGGUCAGUUACAACAAGGUUUUGGUUUCUUUCUCCAAGAUAUCUGAUCUUUGUCUCUACGUUUGUGAUGGUCUCACAAACCUAUCUGGAGGAGCUCAACCAUCGCUUGAAUAUCCUUGGGAAAACAUCACUCAGGACCUGAAACUCUUCCAAGAAAAGCUUCAAUCUUCGGUGAAAUGCUUAGAUACCAAGACUCGAGCAAGACUGCAAAAAGAGUUGCGGAAGAGAAAGAUAUGCCAUGAUGUUGAAGCAGGAACAGCAGCAUCAAACGACAACCACUCAAACAUGGAGUUAGGUCCAAGCCAAGAUGAUGCAGAGAAGUUUUCAGAUUCUUUUGUAAAACUACUGAAUGAAGCAACAGAGAAGACGAGUGGUAGCACAGGUGAAGAGGCGGUGAAGAAUGAGACUACUCUAUGUCUGAGCAGUCUAGGUUUUUGCAUUAGCAGAUUGAUGCAAGAAACAGUGUGUAUUAUCACAGAAAUAACCCAUAGAAGUUGAUUUUCUUAAUUACGUUUAGUAACAACUAUAGCAUCAUGUAAGAAAAGAUGAGGUGAUUUGGAUGUACAAAAUCAAUGUAAGCCAGAGAGAUAUUUAUAGCAAAAGGAGGUACUUUGUUUCUCUA